GUCGGACGCUCAAACGACUGAGCCACCCAGGCGCCCCUCAGUCUGUGUUCCUACCAGCAGGGCAUGAAUGUCAAAUGGCACUGGUCUCAAACUACAGCACAGCUUACCACACAGUGGGGGUGGGGAAGGCACUCUUCCAAGCCUAGGAGCCCACCCUCAUGACACUCUGUAUUUGUUUGCAGUCCCCCUCACCCCAGUAGGCAGCCUCCAUGGUCUUGCUCAUCAAUAGGGCCAACCGCCAAGUAGCAGGUUUUGCUAUAGCCGCCAUAGGAUGGAUCCUUACUGCCAAUUACAUGGGCCUUGUGGAGUGGUGAGUGUGGUACAUGGACAACACCUCUCUCUUUCCCUCUGGCAUGGUCUGUGUGGGAAUGUGGAAAGACUGUAUUUACCACCAUGUCAACAGCUACAACAGAACCAUAGGGUAUCACCAUUACACCUACCAUGAUACUUACCUCCCUUUUGUUUCUUUUGUUUUGAGAAAAACUCGUGUUUCUCAAAUUCUCCUGAUGGUCACCAGCCUCCUAGGUCUUUUGGGGAGAACCUCCAUCAUCUUUUCACUUAGGAAUGUGUUCAUGGUAAUUCUUAAGGAGAAUGCCACCGUCAGUUUUGUUGCAUCAGGAAUUCUGAACAUAGCUUCUGGUAUCUGUAUUUCAAUUGCUGUGAUCUGGAAUUACCGCUCCGUGAUGAAUGAAGAAGGUAUUGCCUUCCCACCGUCUCUCUCUAUACCCUUCAAACCCAAUACUCAGGAGACUGGCAGUGCCAUUCUGGUGGCAUGCCUGGCUGCCUUCAUGAUGUUGUUGAAUGGGUUGCUUUUCCUGUCUUACAAAUUCCCCCAGGUUAACCAAGCGCAUCCUGAAAUUGCAGAAAUGUAAAAUUCCUAGUUGCAAGUGCUUUGCAAAUGCAAGAUUAUCAAGAGUUUAUGGGAAGUAUUAGCAAGAUGCUCUACAAAUAGCUCCAAGGAUUCAAGACCAUGCCAGAGUUU